AUGCCGUCCACUCGCUAUUCCAAAAGACGUCGCGUUAGCAGCCCGGCCAAGGAAGAACCACCGGCGUAUAACAGUUCCCCAGACGAAUUGGCCGCCAGUUCGGAUCAUGAGAAAUAUCACUCUCAUCGGGCGCCAUCCAAACCUCUGCGAGAAGGCAGAGGGAGAAAACGAAGCUACGCGGACAUCUAUUCGGCUAAUUCUACUGCGGUUGCCUCUGAAGACAGCCACAGCGAGCUGGCCGGCCCUCCUCGUGCGUCUGAGGAAAUUCCAAACGUUUUAAUUACUGCUGCUGCGUCUGGUGAGGACAGCCCUGACGAGCUAGAUCACACGACACCUACCUUCUUUCGCCGUCCUUUCCGUGCCAGCUUCAGCAAAGAGUCAAGACGGCCGCAUGAGAAGUUUACCAGCCAAAGCCCUAGCCCUCCACCGUACUCCAGACUCAGCUCACCAAUCGCCACACCUCGCACUCCUCUCAUUCGCCCGCCACAAUAUGAACCAUACAAGGAGAAGCUGGUACUGAAGGGGCACCGAAAAGGCGUAGCUGCGGUUCGAUUCUCUCCUGAUGGACGUUUGAUAGCAAGCUGCUCGGCUGACGCAACCAUCAGGAUCUGGGAAACCGCCGCGGGCAAACAUCUGCACACUUUAGAAGGCCAUCUCGCCGGCAUCUCGACCAUAGCCUGGUCUCCAGAUAGCAAGACGCUUGCAUCGGGCUCCGACGACAAGUCCAUACGAUUAUGGGAUGUUUCUACUGGCAAAGCACACCCUCAUCUCCUGCUUUCCCAUUCCUCCUACAUCUACGCUCUCUCUUUCUCCCCACGCGGCAACAUGCUUGCCUCGGGCAGCUACGACGAAGCUUUAUUCCUCUGGGACGUACGAACCACGCGUCUCAUGCGCUCUUUACCUGCGCAUUCUGACCCCAUCGGCGGCGUUGACUUUGUCCGCGACGGUACGCUCAUAGUUUCCUGCGCCGGAGAUGGAUUGAUCAGAGUGUGGGAUACAGCUACAGGACAGUGUCUCAGGACGCUCGUGCACGAGGACAACGCCGCAGUUACGGGCGUCAGGUUCAGCCCGAAUGGCAAGUUCGUUCUAGCCUGGACCUUAGAUGGUUGUGUCCGACUCUGGAACUACGUUGAAGGUCGUUGUGUUAAAACCUACCAAGGUCACACAAAUUCGAAGUACAGCAUUGGCGGCGCAUUUGGCGUUUAUGGCGGCGAGGACGGCGUGGAGCAAAGAGCUUGUGUUGUGAGCGGAAGCGAAGACGGAAAUAUACUUUGUUGGGAUGUACAGAGUAAAGACACUCUGCAGAUAAUCAAAGGGCACCAGGGGGUGGUGCUUGGGGUGGACGCCCUGAACAAAGAAGGACUGAUAGUGAGUGGAGGUAUUGAUAAGACCGUGAGAGUUUGGGAGAGGGUUAGAGAAGGCGCUGGGGACUCUGCAGAUCCAGUGGAUGCUGCGAUUGGCGAUCUCAAGGUAUGUGAACAAGAGGCAGCUGGGAUGGCAUGA